CUUCGUAUAUGAUUGAAGCGCAGCAUAGCAUGCAGCACAGCACUUGCAAUUUGAAACCGACGAAUUAUUUUUCAAAGUAGGCCGGCCUACUGUAACUUCUACAGUGACAUCAUGAGGCUGAAACCAAAAUGUGUUUUGCUACUGGUCUUGCUGACUCUGCUUGGAAUUACACUGCUGUAUCAUUAUCAUGUUGCCAUGGAUAAUGAGAUACCUGGAGAACUGUCACGACGUGAACGUCUUCUCCUCCAGCAAGUUACAAGGGAUCCAAAUAGGAUCGUCCACUACAAUUACCCAAUCUCAAACGAGGCCAGCGUCAGCAGGGAACCUAUUGAUAUCAGCGUUGAGAUGCCGGCUUGGCAAGAAGUUGAUAAGCACAUUGUCGUGGUGACUGGAUUUAGUCAGAAGAAGGCAUACGUUGGGCUUGGAUUGAUCGCGUCUGUUCAGGCUCAUAUGCCGGUCAAGAAAAUCAUCGUCUACAACCUAGGGGUCCAUCCGAAGAUAGUUAAGCAGAUGGAACAGAUGUGCAAUGUUGAAGUGAGGAGGUUCAACUUCACUAACUACCCCAAACACGUUGCCAAGACUGACAACAAGGCUUGGAAGAUAUUUGCUCUCAGGGAAGUUCUCAAGGAAUAUGGUGGAUUUUUCUACGCCAGCCCCCAGGUCCGCUUCCGCGCUCCCAUCAACUUCAUCAUCCCCUACAUCCUGAAACACGAUGGCCUCAUUGCGACAACCAACCCCCAGAACCUCAGUGUGGAGGUCACGCACCCCGACCUCUACACCUUCCUACGCACCAGCCCCACCCGCUUCACCAAGGCCCACCCCAACGCUUUCAUCGCGUCAGAGCACAUGUGGAUGGCCGUCAACGGGACUGUGGCGGAGACCAAGUUCUGGAAGCCUCUGCUGGAGUGCGCUUCAAACUGGCGCUGCAUCGGACCCCACGGCUCUACGUGGAGUGACAUUGAGCCGAAUGUGAACGAUACAAAGGCCCACACGCAUCGCUACGACAUGUCAGCGGUCUCCCUGCUUCUCUAUCGCCACUAUUACGAUGCGUGGCAUAGCGAUGCGAGUAUGAACGCGAUCCUGAAGCGUAUCGCUGAUGUCAUUUAUCACUUGGACCUUCACGACUACCUCUGGGCUCAUUAUUGUAACCCGCCCAAGAAAGAGAUCGACUGCUCGAUAGAGAGAAAACUUUGCUGAAUCUCAAGAACCUGCCAUAUUUUAUAACCAUUUCAUCCUCAAUCCUAGAUUAUUCCACAAAUUGCAAUUAUAUUGUAACGUUUUCUGAUCAGGGGCCAGUUUCAUCAAACUUGUUACAAUAACAAAUUUGCAAUAACAGUUUAAAACUACUGAUAUCAUGCAAUUUGAUUGGCUGAUAAUGAAUGUGUUAUAGAAAUUGUGUAUUUAUCAUUGUAACAUAUCUUUAGGAAACUGGGCCCAGGGGCCCUUUUUAGAAAGAGUUGCAAUCAAACUCAACUCCAAAAAUCAAAUGCAACUUGAUUUUUAAACCAACUACUAAGUUGUAUUUGGGAUUUGUGCUUGAUUUUUUAAUUGCCUUUAAAUCAAAAAGUCUUUCUGCAACAGGCUUGUAGAAAUUGUUAUUUUUUGUAGAAGUCUGAAAUCAAAAUGUUUGCUUCAAUUUUACUGUAAAACACCUUAUUUUGAUUAUGGUUGAUUGUUAUAUAUUUAUUAUGGUGGUCAAGAAAAUACACUACAAAUUGUUUUGAAGAAUUCUUUUAUUAUAUUCAUUUAUUGGUGCUUCCUCUCGGGCUCUUUCACUUUAUACAAUAUUUUUUCAAUUUUCUGGGUUGUUUUUAUACGAUCUUUUCUAUGUUAACAAGUCAAUAGAGUAUGAAAUGUGAAAAUUUCAUGGAGUCGUAAAAGCUGCCAAUUUGAAUAAACCCUUGGUGACUAGCUGAUUGUGCUACUUUCCCACAGAUCCCUGUCUGCAUAUAUCGUCGCCUUCCCGCACAAAGGCAGUUAGCGCGCACGGCACGUCACCUUCCCGCGGAAGGGCCAUUUAUACGGUGCAGUGAACAGUACGUGCUAACGGCCUUUGUGCAGGAAGGCGAUGCGCAGUCCGCGCUAACAGCCCUUUCGCGGGAAGGCGACGCUAACGGCCUUUAUGCGGGAAAGUGACGAUAUGCAGGUUUGCGGAUUAAUCAUGAAAGUGCUUUUGAUAAUUCAUGUGUUAUCAGUAUUAUAUAAUUAUGAUUUAUAAAUGAGCUUUGCAUCAAUUUCACCGAUGUUUGUUACCAAAGAAUAACAGUAAAGAACGUUCUUGAAGUGAGAAAUUAUUAACAUAAUUGUACUCCUCACCAAGAAUCAGGAAGCUCUUGCAAGCCUAUGUACAUGUAAGCUUUUCAAAAAUUCAUUUAUUUUUUUGGGGGGAGAGGGUGGGUUCACUUUGCGAAAAAUUUGGUUCUUGUCAACUAAAAUGGUUGACCAUGGAGAUGAAUGUGGACUAGGUUGUCUCACCAAUAUGUGAAAAGUAAAAAAAGGAAAUGAAAAAGGUUACCCCCAUGGCCCCACCACCCCACGUAAACAGCAUUUUACCACAUUGUGGUAUUAUCUUUU